UGGACCCGGGGGUGCCUGGGAGGCGGGAGGGGGGUUGGAGUUUCUCAGCGCCGAUUCCGCGGGAAAGGCCUAGGGGCCUUACACUUCGAAUCGCAGGAGCGGCGGGUCUUACUGGGAGAAGCGCUGCACGUGGAGCCCGCGCCCCUCCUGUUCUCUGCCGGCUCUGGAGCGCGGGUGGGGGCGACGGGGCCGAUUCCAGAGCGGGACUGACCUAUUGAAAUACUCUAACCAUGACUAAAAGAGAAGCAGAGGAGCUGAUAGAAAUUGAGAUUGAUGGGACAGAGAAACCAGAGUGCACAGAAGAAAGCAUUGUAGAACAAACCUACACUCCGGCUGAAUGUGUAAGCCAGGCUAUAGACAUCAAUGAGCCAAUAGGCAAUUUAAAGAAACUACUAGAACCAAGACUACAGUGUUCUUUGGAUGCUCAUGAAAUUUGCCUGCAAGAUAUCCAGCUGGAUCCAGAACGAAGUUUGUUUGACCAAGGAGUAAAGACAGAUGGAACUGUACAACUUAGUGUACAGGUAAUUUCUUACCAAGGAAUUGAGCCUAAGCUAAACAUCCUUGAAAUUGUUAAACCUGCGGAAACAGUUGAAGUAGUUAUUGAUCCAGAUGCCCACCAUGCUGAAGCAGAAGCACAUCUUGUUGAAGAAGCUCAAGUAAUAACUCUUGAUGGCACAAAACACAUCACAACUAUUUCAGAUGAAACCUCAGAACAAGUGACAAGAUGGGCUGCUGCACUGGAAGGUUACAGGAAAGAGCAAGAACGCCUCGGGAUACCUUAUGAUCCUAUACAGUGGUCCACAGACCAAGUCCUGCACUGGGUGGUUUGGGUAAUGAAGGAAUUCAGCAUGACUGAUAUAGACCUUACUACACUCAACAUUUCCGGAAGAGAAUUAUGCAGUCUCAACCAAGAAGAUUUUUUUCAGCGAGUCCCUCGGGGAGAAAUUCUGUGGAGUCAUCUGGAGCUUCUUCGAAAAUAUGUGUUGGCAAGCCAAGAACAACAGAUGAAUGAGAUAGUUACAAUUGAUCAGCCUGUGCAAAUUAUCCCAGCAUCCGUGCAGUCUGCUACACCAACGACCAUUAAAGUCAUAAAUAGUAGUGCAAAGGCAGCUAAAGUACAGAGAGCUCCAAGGAUUUCAGGAGAAGAUAGAAGUUCUCCUGGGAACAGAACAGGAAACAAUGGCCAAAUUCAACUAUGGCAGUUUUUGCUAGAACUUCUUACUGACAAGGAUGCUCGAGACUGCAUUUCUUGGGUUGGUGACGAAGGCGAGUUUAAGCUAAAUCAGCCUGAACUGGUUGCACAAAAAUGGGGACAACGUAAAAAUAAGCCUACAAUGAACUAUGAGAAACUAAGUCGUGCAUUAAGGUAUUAUUAUGAUGGGGACAUGAUUUGUAAAGUCCAAGGCAAGAGAUUUGUGUACAAGUUUGUCUGUGACUUGAAGACUCUUAUCGGAUACAGUGCGGCAGAGUUGAACCGCUUGGUCACGGAGUGUGAACAGAAGAAACUGGCGAAGAUGCAGCUUCAUGGGAUUGCCCAGCCGGUCACGGCGGUCGCCCUGGCCACUGCUUCUCUGCAAACGGAAAAGGAUAAUUGAGCCCCGACCUUCUGGGAGCCCAAGGUCUUUCUUAAACGUUAGAGCAAGUGUUGCUCUUACCUUUAUUACUGAAUUUGAAUCUUCUUUUAUUUCUAGACUGUACAAUCUGAUGCAUGAUUUUUUUAUAAAUGUUUCAUACUCUUGUGAAUUUGGAUCUUUUUACUUUGAAGCAUAUAUUUUAGAAUACGUGUAUGUUAAGGAUCACCACAAUGUCUUCAGCGUGAAGUCAGGCUCAUUGUGGGAUAGUUUGGUAACAGUCAGGAAAGCUAAACUGGUCAGUAUUAAUGUCUAGCCCUACCAAAAAUAGCCAGUAGCAUCUGAGGAUGAAGAAUGAAUGAAGUAUCUCCAGGAAACAGUCUGGCUUAACUAUUUUUGAAAAUAUAACUGUUUCCCCUCUCUGCUGCUUUAGAUGUUGCUUUACAUAGAACCAGAAAGUGGAAUUUUUCACAGCUACAGCAUGUGUGCCUGUUUCAUCUAAUCAAGCAGAGCUAAAAUAUUCAUAUCAAAUAAAACUAUAAUAUUAAUAAGUUACUAAACUGAGAGUAUCAAGUUAUUAAAAUAGUUUAUAUAUUUGCAAGCAAAGGACAAUAAGAAGUCGACUGGCAGAAGAGCACUGCCGAAGAAGGAGAUCCAGGUUGAAAUCUGGCUUAACUCCAGCUAAUUUUAAGGAUUUUCUGUAUAGAUUAUUCAUAAUGUCAGGCCAGGAUUUAAAUUAUUUUAAGAGAGGCAUUUAAUUCUAAUAAACCAACUAUUACAAAAAUCCUGAAAUGAUCUCUGUUUUUCCUGUCAGAGAUUGAAAAAAACGGAAAGGUAUACCUCAGCCAGAAAAUAAAAGUUUGGUUUAGUUUGGUUUGGUAUGGAUUGCUUUGUUUCUUUCUUUGUUUUCAUUGCCUAUUCUGCCUGCAGGUGUAUUAUGCAAAAGCAGCUUAUAGAGUCAUUGUGUUUCUGAUCAAAGGAAGCCUUGAAAUCAGUCUGCAGUUAACCUUACCUUUCCAGACAACAACAAAUUAGUUGCCAGCACAUUUAAAAGGAAAUUCUGACCUCCAGUAUAGGCAAGUCUUCUCUCAAAACCAAAUUUCCCAUCUAUUUAACUUUUUCCUUUUGAAUAUUAUGUAUGUGUGAGUACCCGUAUAUCUGUAUACAUGUCCAGUUGACCAUUUUGUUGUAUGUAUAACUGUACACAUAUAUGAAUACAUGAUGAUAUUCAAAAGGAAAUGUGUUUUAAAAGACAAUACCUCAUUUAAAAAAAAAUUUUAAUUACAUGAUCCCCAUAUCUAUGAAAACGUCAUCACAAUCCAACACUAAACAGAAAUCACUAGAAAUGUCUUUCUUUUUUUGCUUGGUUUCCUUUCUUUUUUUCUUUUUGUUUUUUGUUUUAAGGCUGCGAUACAUGAAUCGAAAGGAGAUACUGGCAGAGAGCUUUUUAAUCCUCUUAGAGCAGGAGAUUGAUUCUCAGAUAUUUCUUCAUGCACCUUCUCCCUCAUCAUUUCCUUUAUAGCAUCUCCCUGAACAGCUUUAUAAAAGCUCAGCUGAUGCUUUUGUCUAACCCGGAGGAAAGGCGGUGGUAGUGAGUCAAGGAGGCAUCGCUUGCAGUCGCUGCCACCAGAACCAGAUGGUCGUUUGUGUUGAGCCGUAGCAGGAGGCGAAGUGAGGAACAAGCAGGAGAGGAAGGAUCUUCUUUUGUGGUCACCUCAGAUCGUGACUUGAAGUGCUGUGGCUGGAGGACUGCGUAAUGUCAGUCCCUUUAUAUUAUCAGGUCAUUUAAGGCCCCCAGUAGAUGCCGGAAAAAAAUAAAACUUGUAGCUUCUAUUUUUACCUUUUUAUAAACACAUACAGAAGAGACUGACAAACUAUUAGUUUAAUUUGGGCACGGCGACUGAAGAGUAUCUGAGUAGAAUGACAGCAUGAAGUCCUGUAUAGAAGCUCCAGGUUCACGUAAGAAAUAGAUCACUAAAAAGGUUUUGCCCCAUCUUCUGGUCUGGAGCGUUGACACGUUGCUUAUAGUUGUAAAACCAUAAAAAAGUAUACUCCUCUGGUAUAUUAUCAGCAACUUAAAAGUUUUGACUUUAACAUUUAAAAUGCUUUUGCAGAGACAUUAUUUUAAAGUUUUAGCGAAGAUGACAGACUUCCUCUAUGUUGCAAUUACACGUAUAUGUGUAUUUUAAGGCAAGGAACACCCACGUUCUUUUAGAUCCUAAAGGCAAACUAUUGCUUCUUUUCUCUAAGUCCUCAGGUUCCUUUUUUUUUUUUUUAAAUACAUCCUACCCAUUUUUCUUCCUUUGGCAGUUUUUAUUCCCCAUUAUAACUUGAACAAGGAUCAUUCUCCUACAGGAUCAGGUGCUAUUUCUUUCUUCUUCAUCUGUCAUCAUCACUUCGUAUACUGUAACAUAGGUGAAGUCAUGAGACUCAUUUCCCCAGUGGAAUCAAGAAACUCGAGUGACUUUUUCUCAACUUACAUAUUAAAUUGUUCCCAUCGUCCGUGUUGAGGUUACAAAUCAUCAGAAAGCCAGGUAGUCUCUUCUUUUAUUGAAAGAUAUAACUUGUGUCGUAAGAGAAAAUAGAAUUCAUGUUAUUCACUCUUUGCUGUUCUUAUGAAUAAAUUUUCAAUAGGAGAAUUUACAGUAUACUUAAAGGAAGAAAGAAUCAUUGGCCAUCUUUUGUACCCUCUAAGUACAAAAAUAAGGAAAUGCCCGUUUUUGUUUUAAAACUUGUUUUCCGCAUGAGGUUCUCCCUGAGCCAACUUUCAUAUGUACGUAGCCCUAAGUUGGAAAAUGCGUGUUGAUACUGGAAAGUCAGACACACUAAACAGAAAUGCCGUGUGGUUGACCUUCACGUGGAACGACUGGCUCGACACGUUCUCGUGUGCGCAUCCGUGUCCGUUAAGUACUUGUUUUUCUGUCCCGAUUAAUGGGGACACUCGAGUAUGAUACUCCUUUCAAGGGCUGUACCUCCCAUCACUUUGGGUGAGGUCAGCUGUUUUCCAUACUCAUCGUUUUAUGCUACCGCCUUUUAAAAAGAACUAGUGUAUCUUUGAAAUAGCACAAAAAUGUUUUAAGAUUCAUAAUUACCAAACAACCUGUGACUAACUUAAUGUCUUCACAUCUAGAAGGUGUAAAAAUAUUGAUAUUUCAGUGAUAUUUCACUUGCCGCCAGAAAAAAAAAAACAUUCUCAGUCUUUUGUAAAAGGAAGGAGGAUUUUUGCCUACAUUUUUACUCUUUAAAUAAAGACACUUAUACGGUCAUAAUAACAAUUAUGUAUUUCUUUGUGGGUUUUAUUUUUUUUGUAAUUUUACAUAAAACAGUUAUUUUCUAUUUUUACUCAGAUAAAAUAUUUGUGCAUAAAAUGUAAAAAUAGUAAUAUGAGAAAAAUAAAACUAUUAUACAGUA